AUGGCGUCGUCAAAAGGUCGUUCUCUGCCUCACCUGGACCCGGGCGAGGUCACCCUGGCAGGAAUUGCUGCCAAUGACCCGCGAGAUACCGUGUCUUUGUCCGACAAGGAGGCGUCGAUCCUGCAGCUUUAUCACCGGAUCCAGGAACAACAAUUAGAAAAGGCGCUACUUCAGCAAGACACUCAAUUACUCUCCGGUGACAAUGCUGAAGAGGAGUUGGCCGUUGCGGAACGCGAGCUGCUCGAGGCGAGAGCCACUUACACGGUCAGGAGGAAAGCUGUCGCAACCAUCCUGAUGACUGACCCGACUCUCAAAGCCGUUCACCUGAAAGCGACAUCCCCAGCUGAACAUGAUCUUCUUCGCCUUAUUAACCGCCGUGAUGCACUUUCCCUUGCGCAUGAGAAUCUCAACUCGGCGCAUAAUGAAACGAUGAAGCAGCUCUCGUCAGUGGAGGUCGAGAAUCGACGGCUCCACCAAAAGAACAAGGAGCUUGUACGCGAGCUACUUGAACUCACCAAAGACGACUCGUCAUGGAGAGAACAACUUGAGGAUGCGGAACUCGAGUCGCAAUUGGACCAGGUAAAGGACGAUCACAGGAAAAGCAAAGCCAGGUGGGAUACCAUGAAAAACAUCGCAAGCGCCAUGGUCGUUGGAAGUGGAAUAAACUGGGCGGAUGACGAGGCCCUCACGGCCCUCGUUCUGGACGAAUCUGAUGAGUGA